AUGACAAAAGAGGAUGGGUUCACAUCCGAUCGCUGGCAAGAAGAUGAAUUCCAAAAGAAGACACGGAAGAUUUUGGGGAUCACAGACCUGAUACCCUCCUACUCGCUUCUGUCCACUAUAAUGCCAGCUUAUGUAAUGUCAAAAAUGCUUUCCAACUCUAUGGAAAAACGAAAACAGACUACUUGCGCCUGGCUCAACGCUGUCGCUGACUUAUAUAAGAUGAAAUUAGGACUACUAUCGAGAAGACGAGGAGCUAACCCGGGGCGCGGUAUCAUCGACCCGAGACGCGUCUUCGGCGGCUCUUCUAGACACGACGUAGCCGUAAAAAGUGGAAGAUGGAAAUCAGUAUACGAGCGUCGUCAUCGCAAGAAUAUUGCCAUUGAUAUGCUGUUAAUGAUUAACGAAUCUACAUGGAAAGGAACGGCUUUAUACUACUAUCCUAUGAUCUUCGCAAGGGGAGAAAUAUUCCGAGAUGUCCGAAGAGAGAAAGACAUGGAGGUCUUCAUUAGCAAGUUUACUAAGACAUCGUAG